CUUGAUGCCACUGCUGCAAUGUGACUUUGUGUCAACUGUGUGGUGGUAGCAACUAAUAACAGUUGGAUGAUGUGGGGUGCAAAUGGAAAACGGUACAGCCUAACGCUGCUAUUUGUAGCCAUUGCCUCCUAUGACCUUGGGCUUGCAAAUGGGCUCCAUGAUCCUGGUAGAGGUCCUGACCAAGGCCAGAAGACCCAAAGUGUCAGCAACAGCAUUCACAACAAGCCAUCCACCAGCAGCAACUCUGGCAUCAAGGGGGUUAUCACUCAACAGCAGCAAACACAGGUCUUCAAAGAUGAACAACAGGAAAUCAAAGAUGAAUCUCAGUCACCAGAGAAAUCCAAACAACCUGUGGGACAGCUCUAUGAUGACCAGAAGCCUCAGGCCGCGUCCAAAUCUGUGCAACAGACUCAGCCAUUGACAACACAGGCUACAGCCCCACCAAAGCAGCAGACCAAGCAACAAGAUGGGGGUAGUAUUCCUCAACAUGACAAAUCCAAAACACCUGUGGCACAGAUGUAUGAUGACCAGAAGCCUCAGGCUGCGUCCAAAUCUGUGCAACAGACACAGCCAUCCUUGACAACACAGGCUACAGCCCCACCAAAGCAGCAGACCAAGCAACAAGAUGGGGGUAGUAUUCCUCAACAUGCCAAAUCCAAAACACCUGUGGCACAGAUCUAUGACGACCAGAAGCCUCAGGCUGCGUCCAAAUCUGUGCAACAGACUCAGCCAUCCUUGACAACACAGGCUACAGACCCACCAAAGCAGCAGACCAAGCAACAAGACGGGGGUAGCGUUCCUCAACAUGCCAAAUCCAAAACACCUGUGGCACAGAUGUAUGAUGACCAGAAGCCUCAGGCUGCGUCCAAAUCUGUGCAACAGACACAGCCAUCCUUGACAACACAGGCUACAGCCCCACCAAAGCAGCAGACCAAGCAACAUUCCCUUACAGCAGGGCACAAGUCUAAACAGCAGCAGAAGCGGCAGCUCUACUCUCUCAGCUGAAGGUCUAAUCUUUGAAGCUUCAGUAAAAUGUCAAACCCA